AUGGCCCCAAAAAGCAGGCGUGUGCCACAGGAGCUGCGGCAGCGCACCGAAAAGAGCUGUGACCGCUGCAAGUCGCGCAAACAAAAGUGCGGCAUGCUGCCCGGGAAGGACAAGUGCGCCCACUGCGCCAAGUAUGGCUACAACUGUCUCGUCACCAAGCCGCGCAAGCAGCGUCUGUACGGCAGCGUCGAGGCCCACACCGAGCGGCUGGUGCUGCUCGAGGGGCUCGUCAAGCAUUUUGUGCCCGACGCCGACCUCACCGGCACGGACGGCCUGAGGGAGCUGACGCGCAGUCUGGGUGUACCUCUCUUUCCCGGGGUGGCGUUAACCAGUCCACACGCAAACACAAACACAAAUAUAAACGCGCACUCGCAGCGUGCUGAGAGUGGACAGGCGCCCGCCGACGACGACACCGACAACGACGCCGUAGCCGACCCCUCUUGCACAUCUGCUGCCUCUUCCAUCCUCGUCAAGGCCAAACGGGACAACGAGAUGCUCGUGCUCGACCUGCAGGGCCAGGGCCAGUACAUCGGCCAGGCGAGCUCCUUCUUCUUCCAGGUGCGCCUCCGCGAUGCUCUCGAGACCUGGAUCGGCCGCGACGACCAUCUGAGCAGCGCCGGCUCGCCCUCGAGCAGCGCCGGCACACCCGGCCGCAUGCUGCUCUUCGGGCCCAACCCGGCCGACGACAACCGGCGCGCCAGUUUGGGUCAUCGCAGCUACCCUGGUGUCGAUGCCCUCAUGGUGUGCUUCCCACAAUCUCUCGCCGACCUGCUGCCCGGCCAUCCUCCCGCUGAACGCUGGGCCGUCACGCAGCUGCUUGUGCGCACCUUUUUCGAUCGCGUCAACAGCGAUUUCCCCGUCCUGCACGAGGCCACCUUUCUGGAGCAGCUGGGCGCCUGGUCCCGCCAUCCACACGAGACCGACCAGGCCUGGGUCUGUACGCUGUUGUGCGUUUUGAUGCUUGCCUGGCGGCUGGUGGCGCCCACGUCCGUCGCCACAUCCAUGCCAGAGGCCAUGCCGGAAUCGGCAUCUGCAGCCCCAUCCCCGACCGUCGAGCUGCACUACCUCCAGGAGACCCGCUGGUGGCACCAGGCCCAAGCUCUCCUGCCCAAAGUCUUGUUCACCUCCAGCAUGGCCUCUGUCCAGGCCCUCAUGCUCACCGCCCUCCACCUGCACAACAACAACUCCCGUGACGUUUGCUGGACGCUGACGGGCGCCGCUGUGCGUAUCGGGUUUGCCAUUGGCCUGCACCGCGACGACGUCGUCGAGCCGGCCGAGCAUGCAUCGGCAGCAGCGGCAUCGCCCACUGCCACUGCCACAAACACAGCCACCCCCGUCACCCGCGAGCUGCGCAAGCGCGUCUGGUGGACGCUCUAUGCGUUCGAGCAGCUGCAGGUCUCGUCCCACGACCGGCCCAGCGCCAUUGACUGCACAAAACACUUGCUGGCUGGCGCGCCCCGCGAGACCAUCCUCGGCAUGGGCGCCCACAACCCGCCCGAGUAUGUCGUGUGGUCCAACCGCCUCGUCACCUUGCUGGGCGCGGCUUGCCGCAGCCUGCCGCCGGAGGGUGCCGAUUGUGGGAGGGACAAGAAGAACCGCCACCCUCGCGUCCAACUCGGCCCCUUGUCGCCCGCGGCUGGCCUCCUGCACGACCUCGACCGCUGGCAAUCCACCUUGCCGCGCCACCUCUCGGCCGACCUCAUCGGUGCCAUGCCCCCCUCCUUCCAGCGGCCACUCUUGCUUCUGCACGUCCAGUACAGCCACGUCUCCGCCCUCGUGUCGCGGCAUGCCCUGCUGGCGCGCUUUGCCGCUGCAUCCAAGCGUGUGCCGCUAGCCGAGCCCGUCCGUGUCAUGGCUGAUGUGUGUGUACAGGCAGGGCGCCUGUCGUGCGAUUUGCUGCUGCAACUCGAUGCCGUGGGUUGUUUCAAUGCCCUGACCUGGAUGGAUGUGUACUAUUUGUAUUCGUCGGUGUUGAUCGUCGUGUUGGCGUUUGUUUGUGAGGAGGCAGAGGGCAGCCAGCCGACGGCGCGUCAAACAAAAGAGACGGCAUCGACGACUACCUCGACUACACCGCCACCAACGGCAUCGGACCUCCGCCAACUGCUCGGUCGCUGCAAGACUCUCGCCGCCAAGCACCUCGCUAACCCCGUCGUCCCCGGCACCAUGCGCCGCUGGCUGACCGUUGUGGGUGAGCUCGACGCCAUGGCCAGCUACUUUGCCAGACAGAGGGGCUCCGCCAACGGGGAUGGCCGUGUUCCCACGGAACAGGGACACCCCGACGAGUCUGCCACGGGCGACGCACUGCCGAACCCUCCUCUUAUGACACCCUCGCCUGACAGCAACAGCGGCGGCGUCGGCAACACGUCGGACAAUGACGUCGAAGAAGUCCCGCGGCCCGUCUACGACGAACACGAAAGCGAUUACAGAGCGUACAAUCGACGCAGCACGCGGCAUCGGCCACGGCAAACGACGCGGUCACAGCACACUGACCGCCACAGCAGCUCCCACAACCGCCGCAGUGGCCGUAUCAACAGCAACAACAACAACAGCAGCAGCAACAACCACAACCACAACCCCAACCACAACAUGCGCUACACCCAGUCCGCCCUCCUGUCCCAACCACUGUCCUUGGCUGGCGACGCCGACUACGCCAGUCGCCAGUUGAUGAUGAUUGCCACCUCGUCGCGCCACCAUCCCAUGGACGCCAUGGACGCCAUGGACGCCGUCGACACCAUGGACACGGUCAACACCAUCAACACGCUCGACACCAUGGGUAUGCCCCUGGACCUGCCCGCCGCCGCCGACAGCACCGCCACGUUCUUCUCGCACGCCGACGGGAGCACAGCGGCUGCCACGGCUGCCACCACAGCCCUGCUCGACGGCGCCGCCACGGACGACUACGGACCCUUCCAGGCGGCCGCCGAUGCCGCGACCGAGACCGGCUUGUGGCACGAGAUGCACUGGGAGGGCAUUAGUGAUUUGUUAUUGGGCGUCGACUCCCGCUCCUGGGGAGCGUAA